AUGGCCACCCGGCGUUUAACCGACGCUUUCUUGUUGUUGCGGAAUAAUUCCAUCCAAAACCGGCAGCUGUUAGCCGAGCAACUUGCUGAUGACCGGAUGGCGCUGGUGUCCGGCAUUAGCUUAGAUCCAGAAGCAGCCAUUGGCGUGACGAAACGGUUACCUCCUAAGUGGGUGGAUGGAGUGGAUGAGAUCCAGUACGAUGUUGGCCGGAUUAAACAGAAGAUGAAGGAGUUAGCCAGCCUGCAUGACCAGCAUUUGAACAGACCCACCUUGGAUGACAGCAGUGAGCAGGAGCACGCCAUCGAGAUAACCACCCAAGAGGUCACGCAGCUCUUCCACAGGUGCCAGCGCGCGGUGCAGGCUCUGCCCAGCCGGGCCCGCAGGACCUGCUCGGAGCAGGAGGAGCGGCUGCUCCGCAACGUGGUGGCCUCGCUGGCGCAGGCCCUGCAGGAGCUGUCAGCCGGCUUCCGGCAUGCCCAGGGCUGCUACCUGCGACGCAUGAAGAACCGAGAGGAGAGAUCCCAGCAUUUCUUUGACACAUCAGUCCCACUGAUGGAUGAUGACGAUGACGAUACUCUGUACGAUCGGGGCUUCACCGAUGACCAGCUGGUGCUCCUGGAGCAGAACACGCUGAUGGUGGAGGAGAGGGAGCGGGAGAUCCAGCAGAUUGUGCAGUCCAUUUCGGACCUGAAUGAGAUCUUUCGGGACUUAGGAGCAAUGAUUAUAGAGCAGGGCACAGUCCUUGAUAGAAUUGAUUAUAAUGUUGAGCAGUCCUGUAUCAAAACCGAGGACGGCUUGAAGCAGCUUCACAAGAAGUUUUUAGCCUUUUCCUCAAUUCCUAAAGUAAGUCUGAACACCCACUUGAGUUUGGAAGGAGUCUCAAGUCACUAA